UGACACACGUAGGGUGCGCAGUGUGUGUGCAGGCGCCACCAACCUGUCCUCUCUCUUUAACCAUAUAUUAACAAAGACAGAGAGAGAGAGAGAGAGCAAUAACAACCAUGAACCCUUCUUCUUCUUCUUCUUCUUCUUCUUCUUCUUCUUGUGUGGGGUUCGCUGAGUUCUACGAGACAUGGUUCUCGGAGCUGCAGAGGGUGGUGCAGGAGCUGAGGGGUUCGCGGAGGGUGGAGGCCAUGGAGAAGGUGAUGCGCCACCACCACAAGUACUACGCAGAGAAGUCCCUGGCGGCGGAGAAGGACCCUCUGGCCGUCUUCCUCUCGCCCUGGGCCACCGCCCUGGAACGGUCCCUCCACUGGAUCUCCGGCUGGCGCCCCACCACCGCCUUCCACCUCGUCUACACCGAGUCCUCCCUCCUCUUCGAGUCCCACAUCAUCGACAUCCUCCAAGGCCACCGCACCGGCGACCUCGGCGACCUCUCUCCCGCCCAGCUCCGGCGCUUCAGCGACCUCCAAUGCCUCACCGUGAAGGAAGAGAAUGCAUUAACGGAGGAGCUAUCGGAGUGGCAGGACAGUGUGAGCGAGAUCAUGGGCCCAGGCGCCGCCUUCAGCGAGAAGAUCGGACGCCUCGUACGCAUUAUAAAGAGGGCGGACAAUCUACGGCUUAGAACGUUGCGGAGCGUGGUGGGGCUGCUGUCGCCGCAGCAGGCUAUCGAGUUCUUGAUCGCUUCGGCUGAGUUGCUUCUUGGGAUACGCGGUUGGGGAUUGAAUCACGACCGUCCCUACCGCAAAUGAGCCUUCGCCUUCAAAUUAUUAUUAUUAUUAUUAUUAUUAUUAUUAUUAUUAUUAUUUAUUACUUGUUACUUUUAUAAACCACUCCUUUGCUAUGAAGCCAAAAUCAAAAGGGUUUUAGUUUCAUUCUAUUUUGUAUACAUGACACAAGUUUAAACUUUUUCUAGUAUUCA